CAUGUCUCCAUGCCACUUUCAUGCCAAUCAUGGUACAAUCAUUUGUGAACGGAAAACACUCGAUUUCAUUUGGCAGGGCAGAGAAUCUAAGCCACACAGCACAAAUUCUGCCAAAUCAGCUUGUUGAUGCUCUCGGAAAGCAUAACGAAUGAUAUAUAUAUUGGUGAUCGAAAUUGCGGUGGCGAGUGCCCUUACUCCUCAGAUGUGGACAGCAAAUUUCCAAAUUUGUAAAUUUCUAAGCCCCGGAACAGACGAGGAGAUCCGAAAUCUUUCGACAAUUGGAGAAAAAAUUGCUCAUUUCAUGUGCAGCCGCUUCCGCGUGUUUCGGGCGCCGUCCUGUCGUGGAGUGGAGUGCCGAGGAGAGUAGAAAGAACAGUGAAGUCAACUAAAGCUGGCCACGCAUUCACGCAGCAAACAUGUCACUGCUUGCGCAUCUCGGACGCCGAGGAGAACCCGGCCAAUUGGCACUCUGCGAGUCCUUCCUUGCCCUUUGACGAUCUCCGGUUCUCCCACUGAGAUGCUCGCAAUUCGACCCCGGAAGUUGGAAGGUCUCAAGUGUUUCGCUCUGCGCGUGCUUUCUGCUGCUGUCUGUUCCUCGCCUGGAGAACUUGGACUCCUGGCGGAUGGUUGGGGAAUCAUAGCUCCUGUAGUGGUGUGCGACUGAUCGCGACCUUGCAGUUUCGAAGAGUUAAGAUCGAAGUCGUAGCGGCGGAGCAUUGUUGGGAACUUGGGUCCGAAAGGGAUGUCCAUCGGCAGAUGAAAAUGGGUUGUUUGAGCGGCGACUUAACGAGUAAAUGCGCUUUUGGGGUGGAGAGAGUUGGCUGGUUGAUUGCAGUGCCCACGAUCGGGUUUUUCAGGCAUUGAAGCCGAGAUUGAGUGGAAUCGAGGUUGUGGAAUCCGAAUCAACGCCCGAGUGUAGUUGACGAGGUUUAAGGUUACCGAAGUUUGCUGUGUGGUUCAAUGGCACCAGCGCAUUUUGCUGGAAGAAGCGAUGAUGAUGACGAAGAUGGGGGUUCGGGAUCCCCCACACAGCAGGCUAAUACUCGGCCACCCCGCCAUACAUCAUCGAAGUAUGAUUUUGUCAAGGUCCGUGUAUGGCUCGGUGAUAAUUCUGAUCAUUACUACGUCCUGUCGAGGUUCCUUGUUAGCAGAAUGCUGACAGUGACAAAGAUCCCAAAUCAUGUGGCAAUCAAGAUUUCAUUGGAGCUGAAGAAGAUGCUCAUCGACAAUAGCCUCCUGGAUGUGUCUCAAUCAGAUCUCGAGGCAAACUUAUUCAAGCUCAUGGAACGUCGUGGAUUCGGAGCUGAGUAUAUUGAUCGCUACAAAAUGAUGACCAGAUUUCAUCAUCAAAGAGUACCACUCAUCAUUCUUGUUUGCGGAACAGCCUGUGUUGGUAAAUCAACAAUUGCAACUCAACUUGCGCAGCGCUUGAACCUUCCCAACGUUCUGCAGACAGACAUGGUUUACGAGCUUCUUCGAACUGCAACAGACGCUCCUCUUGCUUCCACGCCAAUCUGGGCUAGAGAGUUCUCAUCAACUGACGAACUUGUCACUGAAUUCUGCCGAGAGUGUCGUAUAGUCCGUAAAGGGCUUGAUGGCGAUUUAAGAAAGGCAAUGAAGGAUGGAAAGCCUGUUAUUAUUGAGGGUGUACAUCUAGAUCCUUCAAUCUACUUGAUGGAUGAAGAUAAUGAUACAACGUCACAAAAGGAAUCGAACGGUGCUCAAAGCGAGCAACAAUCAUCUAAACCGGAGCAGUCUCACGAAAUAACUGCUGAGUUAAGAGGGAACGGUGACGUCUCAAAUUCUAGUACAUCGGAGGGACAGCAUUCCAGCAAGUUCCCGCUUGAGCCUUCAUCAAGGAAGCCCGAACUGUCCACCGCUGAUGUAGAACUCAAGGAUGAAACCAUGACCUCUGCUGCAUCGGAGGGUGUGCACAUUGACGGUAAAUUCGAUCAGUCAUUGCAGAAAGAAGCAGUACCCACUGAAGUGGUUACCCAUUCUCUGUUAGCUCUUUCCUUGCGUUCACAAACACACGAAACUGGUGGACAGACAAUUCAUGGGAAUGCGUCUACCAGCCUAAGAGGACCUAGUGGAAAUCCAGCGAAUGGUUUAAGUGAGGAAGGUGCAAACAAACCCUCCGUAGCAUUGAAAGAAGCCUCAAGCAGCUCUGGAGUAUCUUCUGGAACUAAGUUACAGCCUGGUCGGAACCAGGAUGUGGGGAAAAAACCACUGAUUAAAGCACCUGCAAAAGCCAUUGUGGUGCCAAUAGUAUUGAGGAUGGCUGAUAUUGAUCACCAGACCUUGCUAGAGGAGUGGAUUGCUUGCAGAUCCAUGGAUGGAACUGGUCCACCUGAGGAGAAGGAAGCUUUAGUGAGCAAGUUGCGAACCAUCCAGGAAUAUCUAUGUUCCUUUGAAGAGCAGGGAAUGAAAGUGGUGAAUAUCUCCGCGACUACUUUUCCUCAAACGCUUGAUUGGCUACAUGGCUAUCUUUUGCAGUGUAUUGAGCGUGGUUGUUCUCCACACAGUCCCAAGGCAGCUGUUUGACAAUCAUGUACAGCAAUCAAACAGAGUCGUGUCAAGAGUAAUGUGUUCAGCAUGUGUUUGUAAACCUAAACUUUUCCCUGUAUAUCCGUGCACUGUACAAAAUUUAGAUCCUUCUUUUCAACUGAUUGCUCCAAAUUGUACAAGCUAAUACUGAAUCUUACAACUCUGGCUCUUAUUAAGCCUAAUAAGCAUAUCACGAGUCCGUAUUAUGUUGAGUCCUGUGUCCCUUCCGUAGUGAUGUAAGGAAUGAUGGCCGCUGUCGUGGUAGAUUUUGGUUAGCUCCUUCCAUGAAAACGGUAUCCGCGCUUGUCGUCCAGUAUCACGUAAUCAUGACCCUGAGUUUUGCUAUUCAUGAGUAAAAGAUUGUCGCUUCAUUUGAAAUAUACACUAUGAAUUCUCGUCGAAAUUUUUCAACCGCUCAGACGACUGCUUUCCUGGUGUGUUUCGUCUUGAACUUUGAGAUAAAGAAGAGCGCGAAGGUUUGCUCAGGACGUCGCUGUUCAUUGGCUUACGUAUUAAACAGUCGACAGGAGGACGUGAUGUUAGUGUAAUCUGUACCUUGAGGGUGGAGAGCGAUCAUAAUAAUGAAUCGAUCAUUGUUUAGAUGAAUGAGCUAAGAUCUCUUUGCAACAGGUUAGGGUAAAUUCUGUUCUUUCGCCUGGACAAGAAUGAGUCGGUACGAAAUGUACCAACAGGAAGUCGGUACAGGUUCAAGGCCGUACAAGUACAAGAGCAAAAUUGCUUCCCUUAACGUAGACGUCUUUUCUAACUCAAGUUCCCUUGGAAUGCCCUUCUGAGAAUCUUCCUCGUUUCCUACAUAACCCUGUUAAGGUCCUACAGAUGUGAAGACUCGCAGAAAUCAGCCUAAUUAAGAGAGCGACGGCGGCACGAAGACAAGUAACUGGAAAGAAGUUUCAAUGUCUCCUAAGAGAUUUGUGGAAAGUCCAUCAACAGAGAUGCCCAUCGACCGUGAACAGUCAGAAUGAUAGAAGAAGGGGCACCCUCUCGACAUAGGAAUCUGUGCUAAGUAUGGCAAACAACAUGAAACUCGACAGAUCGAAGAUAGUUCAUCAAUUGCAGGAAAUUUGUCUACGUCCACCUACAAGCGAGUGCAGUGAGACCCCCACCAGGUCGUGAAGAUAUGCAUGGACUUAGUCGAUAUUGCCCAAGAGGACAUCUGAUAAUUGGCGGCAUUUUAGAGAAGAAAAAGGUAAUCAAACAGUUUUGUCCUCCAACCGUACGAUGGAAAAUAUAACUUGAUGUUUCAUAUUCCACAACUGCUAGUGGGCCCUGGAGAAAGACUUGUGAAAUUAACGUGAAUGUGGGCAUCUGUCAACCAUCAGGGUUACGUUUGGUUCUGGUUAAGGUCUGGAACUAACGAUAUUCAUGAUUUCUAAUUUCAGCUUAAGACCUACUUCUAAAAUGUUCGAGCAGGGGUUGCCAAAUUCAUAAGAUUGCUACACAUGGAU